AAAAAUGAUUUCAUCAAAAAUGCUCACAAGACUGAACCGGAGCUUUGUACAAGCAGCUCGAUCAAUGUAUAUUCAAGUUCAGGAGACACCUAAUCCACUUUCUUUAAAAUUUUUACCUGGUCAACAGCUUCUCCCAGACGCCUCGAAAACAUACGAUUUCAGCUCAGCGGCUACAGCAAAACAAAGUCCACUUGCUAUAAAACUUCUUCGAGUCGACGGAGUGAAGCGUGUGUUCUUCGGAGAAGAUUUUGUAACUGUCACGAAAUCAGAUGAGACUGUUGACUGGGCUCUCCUCCGUCCGGAAAUCUUCUCAACAAUUGCUGAUCACAUUCAAACCGGAAAACCUGUCAUAAAUGAAGCUGCAACUGUUUCCGACCAAGUGGAAGAAGAUGAUGAAGUUGUAAUGAUGAUCAAAGAAAUUCUAGAGACACGUAUCAGACCAAUGGUACAAGAAGAUGGUGGAGAUAUCACUUAUGUUGGUUUUGACGAUGGUGUUGUCAAAUUGAAGAUGCAAGGUUCAUGCACAGGAUGUCCAAGCUCUGGAGUCACUUUAAAAAAUGGAAUUGAGAAUAUGCUCACAUUCUACGUGCCUGAAGUGAAGGAAGUUAUCGAAGUUAAGGAUGAAUCCGAUGAUCUUGUGGAACAAGAGUUGAAGAAAUUUGAGCAAUCAAAAGGAAUCAAAGACUAAUUGAUAAUUGAUUCGUGUAUAACUAGAUUUGUUUUUAUUAGUGUUUGCUGCUAGAGAUAAAUGUUCAAUGAAUAUUUAUAAAA